AGCCACCACAGCGCUUCCCCUUGGAACCUCAGCCCUUUCUCCAAGACCUCCAUCCAUCACAGCUCACCGGGACCCCUUUCCGUCUACCCACCCGCCUCCUCUUCCACUUUAUCCGCCGGUCACUCCAGCCCACACCUUUUCACCUUCCCGCCGACCCCUCCUAAAGAUGUGUCCCCGGAUCCGUCCAUCUCCACCCCCGGCUCCACCGGCUCCACCCGACCGUAUGUCCCAGAAUAUGGCUCUGGACUUUUUCCCCCCAGUAGCCUCUUAGGAGGAUCGCCUACCGGGUUUGGGUGUAAAUCGCGACCGAAAGCACGGUCAAGCACAG